CUCUAUUCUGCGAAUAAAGAUAAAGAUAAAGUUUCAAAAUAAAGAUUUUAAAAAUUUCAAGAUUUGGUAUUCUGCGAUCUUGGAUAAAAAUCCCAAGAAAUGCAAAUAAAGAUUUCAAUAUCCAAAGUGUCAUCGUCGCUCUGUCAUUUGCGACUUUGGUCAACGUGCCGAUUGUGCUGUAAGUAACAGAUGCUCCUAUUCUAGUGAAUUUAUAGACUGUGGGCUGUGAUAUAAUCUUCUUUUGAAACUGAGAUGCACGAAGAAAACAAUCCGAAUGUUGUUCGAGAUACAAAUCCUGGAACAAAAAGAGCUCGAAAGGGAUUAAACACCAAAAAGUCUCAGAGGGAAUGUUUUGGGAAUUUCGCUAUAAAGAACCCUAGUGUUUGGGAUUCCCUUGCCUCAGGGUACGAUGCAUCAUGGGACGAACUAAAUAAGAUGCUGAAUGAUUUGGGACCUCCUCAGAAAGUCAAAGACGAUUGGAUCAAGAAUUUCAGAGAUUGGAUAUAUCAGUUGAAGCACAAGGAGAGGUCAGACUGCAAACGAAUUUUGAGUAACUUGGAGCAGAAAUCAUUGGCUGCUUUCGGGAAUAUAUCUUACGAAGGUGAUAGCACUAUUAAGGCACGGGGGAUACCGUCAAUUUCAAGUCACUCCCAGUUGACACCAUCAGCUUCUGGAUCAUUUUCGCCAGCAUGUAAUGGGUUUCCGGAAGAUCUUAUCGAGGAACUUCCAGACCCUCAAACUAUUGCAGAUGAAAUUCCCAGGAACAGUGAUGAUCAAGGAGGUGUUGGAAGACGCAGACCGCAAAAGAAACAAACUUUGGAUGUGCUCAUGAUCAUCGAACUGAACACCUCUCAAUUUCAUGUAAUUAUAAAGUGUGAAACAAGAGUUAAUAAUUUUUCCAGCUGUUGUAGGAUAAUAGUGUAGAGUUCUGUGUUUUAGAAGACAUCUAAAUUUCGACUUCAAAAUGCCGAAUGCGCGUUCAAUUACUUUCCUUCCUAGAUUAUGAAGUCUAUUAAAUUUGUGUUGAGCUCGUGUAGUAGGAUUAGCAUAUGGCGUGAAA